AUGCUUUUCGAUCGACUUCCGGUCCUUUUCGUCGCCGUCCUCGCGACUGCGGUCUUUGUUUUGCAUGCGCACGCAAUCAGAUGCUACCACUGCGCCUGGGCAUUGAAGCCUGAAAAUCUGCUGCUGGUGAAUGAGACAUGGACCGGUGCCAAUGCUCCAAAAAUGGUCGCCUCGUGUGAGAAGCCAACAUCCGCAACUCCGACCUGCGAAUCCUCCACAACCUGCGCGUCCGUCAGCAUCCCCGGAAACGUGACUGCACGUGGGUGCCCGACUGCCGUAGAGUCGCGGAAUUUGGCCAAGUUCAACCUGACGGUUGGUUGCCACAGAACAGCAGUAUGGAAUGUCUGCGUCUGCGCCGAGCGCCUCUGCAACAAAGCA